GAAGUGGGCUGUCGGUCGUUUAAGGUUGUAGAUCAUGGAUAUGUUUAGCUAGCAACGCUAAACUUUAAUCAUUAAAAUAAUAUAUCUGCGUUAUUAAUUUCUAGCCUUUUGAGGUUUUUCCCACACAGUGGCUGCACCAGAAUGAUAGACGACUUCGAGAAACGGGAGGUUCGGUCCAGCGGGGAGCUUUGGUCCGAGAUCUGCUCCAGCCUGCCGGAGGUGCAGACUGAGGCGACCCCGGAGAGCAGCACAGACUUCAAAGACUCAUUUCACCCGCCUGUGCAGGUUAAUGGACAAGCAAAUGGGACGGAUACCAGUCCAUCUAGUGCCAAAUGGGAACCCAUGGAGGAUUCUGAGAUUUACAUAGCCACUCUAGAAAACCGCCUGAAGAAGAUAAAGGGCCAGUCCAGUGAUGUGACCUCCAGGGACAUGCUGCACUCCUUGUCUCAAGCCAAGAAGGAAUGCUGGGAUAGGUUCCUACACGAUACCCAGACCUCAGAGCUCUUCCAAGGGGGCGACAUGGAUGAGAGUGCUCUCGAACACUUCAAGAGGUGGUUGAUUCCAGAGAAGGUGGCCAUCAGUGCAGAAGAGCUGGAAUAUCUCCUGAGGCCCUCUCAGAAUAAGGAAUCAGCAGAGUCGGACCAAAUGCAAAACGGAGAGGACGCAGAGAUGCAGAAACCGGAUGAAGAUGACGCUCACCAGCCAGAGAAAUGAGUGAAUUAAAAUGGUAACCUGGAAAGAAGAACUUACUUCCUAUAUAGUCGGUAAACGUGACUUCCUGCUCUCAUAUUGUGUCAUUGCAGUGUUUUGGCUAUAGCCUUUUGUUAUCAGUGAUUAUAGCCUCUCAUCACUGUCUGUAUCCCCAGCAACUGAGUGUUAAACACUUAUUAACUCACAUGCAUUUUGUCCUCUCUAUUCAAUGACACUGCACCUUGAGAACACCUAAUAAAGAACGUGAAAUGAUA